GAGAAAUGAACGAUGAAGAACGAUGACAGUCUACGGGAAAAACUCAUUGUCAAGGAGAACAGAGGGUCAUUUUCCCAGCCUUUACCGGUGUGGAGGAAGGUGUGUUUUGCGGUGGGAGGAGCACCUUACCAAAUCACUAACACUGUCAUCAACUUCUUCAUCAACAUCUUCCUGCUGGAAGUAGCUCAGAUCCGCCCACUUUAUGUGUCAAUCAUUGUGUUCGUGGGGAAGGUGUGGGAUGCUAUAACAGACCCUGUGUGUGGUUAUUUUGUGAAUCGCACGGACAGCAGACUGGGUAAACUACGACCAUGGAUUUUAUUCUCCACUCCAUUUGCCUGUACUGCCUACUUUUUCCUGUGGUAUGUACCCGACAUAUCAGAAGAGGGCAAGCUUGGUUACUACUUCGUCAUGUACUGUCUAUUCCAAGGCCUUCUCUCCUGCCUUCAUGUGCCAUACACAUCCUUGACCAUGUAUAUCUGUGAUGACCAGAAAGAGAGAGACUCUGUCACAGCUUAUCGUAUGCUGUCUGAAGCUGUGGGUGUUUUACUGGCUGUGGUUGUUCAGGGUCAGCUUGUGAACAAAUACAGAGUGGCAGGGGAGUGUAGUGCAGAGACAACCAUCUCACCUGGCCAGAUCAAAGAUCAGGAAUGGUCCUACAUGUAUGGUGCCUUUAUAGUGAUAGGAAUCUAUGUGAUUUGUUCCUGUACAGUAUUCUUUGGAGUCAAGGAAAAACAAGGUGUCAUCCAAGAUGGCCAUGAACCUUUUUUCAGGGCUCUGAAGCUUGUCUUUACCCAUGGGCCUUAUGUUAAACUGGUUGUCAUAUUCCUCUUCCACUCAUUAGCCAUUGCGAUUGUCCAGGGUAACUUAGCCCUGUUUGUUACGCACGCUCUCCAUCAAGGAGACCAGUUUGCCACGAUGAUUCUUGUCCUUCUGUUGAGUGCAAUAGUUUUCAUGCCUGCCUGGCAUCUUUUGUUGUUAAAAUUUGGCAAAAAGAAAGCCUACGCAGCAGGUCUUAUUUUGUUCAUCCCAGUGCUGAUAUCACAGUUGUACGUACAAGGCAGCAUCUAUGUGUAUUACCCUAUCCUGGUGGUGGCUGGCGCCUGUGUGGCCGUCGCCCUGCUCUUACCCUGGUCUAUGCUCCCAGACGUCCUAGAUGAUUUCAUGCUGAACACAGGCACGAGGAAAGACGCCAUAUUUUAUUCCUUCUACGUCUUCUGCAACAAAUUUGCUGCUGGAAUCGGGUUAGGAUUCUCACAGAUAGCCCUAGAGAUUGGGGGGUACCAGACAGGGGCAUGUGUCCAGCCCAACAGCGUGAGCCUAGCACUAAGGAUUCUCAUGGUUCCAGGUCCUGUUAUCUUCAUCCUCAUUGCUCUCAUCUUCCUCUGGAAAUAUCCCAUAACAGAACAUCGCAGAUUAGAGAUUAGACAAGCUAUUGAGGAUUUAAAGAGUGAUCAAAGCCCAAACCACAAUUCAGGGAAGAGACAGAAGACAAAUCAAUCUAACAGGUCAAAGGAGGUCCUUGCCAGUUUGAGUUACAGAAGUAUAGAUGACUCAACAGAAUUUUGAUUUACUGUUAGUAUCUAUCUAUAUAAACGUGUUAAAGUUUACUACUAGGUUGAGAACUGAUGAACACCAUGAUUUUAUGCUUUAAACUGGUUUAUAAUGGAAUGGUAUAAGAAAGUUAUCCAAAUACAUGCAGUUUUCAGUCUACAUGUACUGUAAUUCUUCAACCUUUUCAUGUUUGCAAGGUAUUCACGACCGGCUGAUAAAAUUUUACAUUUUGUGAAGCUCUGAAAUUGACAAAAAAUGUGAAUAAGUUGCACUGAAAGCUACACUGUCAAAUGAAAAGGUUGAAGAAUUCAGGUACUUUUACAAUGUUACUUUUGUAACGAUUUGCAUAUACCAAAGCACCAAGUUUAAAAUUCACAGACUUUGUUAUCCUGUGGCCGGUGUAUUUUAACCAUAUGUGAAAUCACAUAAGUCAAACAACAUUGUACAGUGUUUAACAUUUUCUUUGUGUGAGGAAAGAAGUCAAAUAAGAUCAAAGGCACUAUUUUCUUUAUUUACUUUUCUACAUACUAGUAUUUUGCUUAUUGUGCAAUUUUACGAGAUUACAAACAUGCAUAUUCUAUAUAAACCAUAUAUGGAAGAAAUUUUGAUGAAUGUUCCAUGUAGGCCUACAUCAUUUCAUUUGUAUAAUAUUGCUAGCUGUAUGUGGGCUAUAUAGCUUAAAACUGACCAGUUAUGGAUUCUAUUGAAGUACUCAUAAUGAUCGUAGAAAUCUCAAAUUGUUAAAGCAUUGCAAUGCAUUUAAGAUGUAGUUAUUUUGUGCCAGUCGUUUACGCAGGGUAACAAAGGACUUCCAAAGGACUCUUUCAAUCAUUACACAGACAAAAAAAUUGAAAGAAAAUUGAUUUUAUUCUGAAAUUGAUAUCAUGAUUGGCAAAAAACCCAUACGUAUGUAAAUUUGUACUUCGCAUAUCUAAGAUCAUUUAAAUAUGCUGUACAGAAGCUGAGUUUCUAUUGCCUUUCCAUUAUUUCUGUAUUACCAUAACCACAAAAUAGAGGACUCUCCAGUAAAUGUCAUACAUCAUAGUAAUUUAUGUGGUUGUAUCCUUCUAGAUAUUUUCAUACAAUAAGACACCAUGUUUUAAAUAUUGUUGUUUUUCUAUCGGAAGUUUUUAUAGUGCAAGAUAUGCAGUGUAAAAAUAAUUAAUGCUUUCUUUUGAGAAGUAUUUAUAAAUUAUAAAAUAUUUUGUUUUUUGAUUCCCAAUAUCUUAAUUGCACGUGUAAAAAUAUAAAUCGAUAUGCAUGUUACAUUUCUUUGACAUCAUCUAAUAAAGCCUACAGUGAUACUUAUGGAUUCUUUACAUCCCAGAAAUUAUUGAGGUGAAAUGAUUCUUGUCAAACACAUUGUGCAGUAAAAUCUAUAUGUACGAGUUCAAAUAUUUUAAUCUUUCAUGGUUUGUUAUUAUACUGUUAUGUUUUUUUUGUCCAAAUGAGCUGGUGUGCAAAUUGUUUUCGAACCCUUAAUCAUUCAUUCUACUUUUACAAAGAACCUAAAGAAUCUAUGGUAUAUCAUUUGUAUGCACAAAGUUUUAAUAUGACCACGCACAUACUGAGCUAAAGUUAGGACUUCAUAUUAAAAUUGU